AAUCUGAAAAAGGCCACACAAAUGCGCUCUCUCUCCUCCUCAGUGCUGCCCUCUCUCCGUCGCACAGUCGCACUUCCCCUUUUCCCGGUUCCCACCUGGGUAUAAUGAUGCAAGCAAACAGCAGCAGCAGCUCAAUCUGAACUAGAUUGGGCCCAACCCAAAUCUUGAAUCGUCGAUCAAAAGAGAGUUUUUGCUCCAUUUCUCCCAAGGAAAAGAAAGGGUCCGCCAUGGCCAGAAAUGGGUUGCUUCUGGUUCUCACUCUUCUUCUCCUCUCUGGGUCUCUCUCUUCUGCUGCAGUUUCUCCCUCUCCUUCAAGAGUUGUGAAUGGGGCUUUGUCAAAUGCGGUAUCUAAGCUGAUGAAAUUGUUUCGGCCUUCCAAAGCUCCCAAAAAAGCGGCUGCUAGGCGACCAACGGUGAAGUUUGAGAGUGGGUAUACAGUGGAGACAGUUUUUGAUGGAAGCAAGCUUGGGAUUGAGCCUCACACAGUGGAGGUCUUGCCAAGUGGGGAGCUCCUCAUCUUGGAUUCUGCUAAUAGUAAUAUUUACAAGAUUUCUUCCUCUUUGUCUCAAUACACCCGACCAAGGUUGAUUGCUGGUUCUGCGGAGGGGCACUCAGGACACGUGGAUGGUAAAAAGCGGGAUGCGAGGUUGAACCAUCCCAAGGGGCUUACAGUUGAUCACAAGGGAAAUAUUUACAUUGCAGAUGCUGAUAAUAUGGCAAUUAGGAAGAUUAGUGAAACAGGAAUGACAACAAUUGCCGGAGGCAAAGGGAGCCGCGGAGGCAGCAGUGGUGGUCAUGUUGAUGGGCCAAGUGAAGACGCAAAGUUUUCAACCGACUUUGAUGUGGUCUAUAUUGGAAGCAGCUGCUCUCUCCUUGUCAUUGACAGAGGGAAUCAAGCGAUUCGGGAGAUCCAACUUCAUUUUGAUGACUGUUCGGACCAGUACGAAAGUGGCUUCCCCCUAGGUAUUGCAGUGCUUUUAACAGCCGGCUUCUUUGGUUACAUGCUAGCGUUGCUCCAGCGCAGGGUAGGAAGCAUUGUCUCCUCUGAAAAGGAUGAGAAAACUGUGGUUUCAUAUAAUCCUAAUGAGAAACGAGUCAUGACAUCACCAUCGUCAUCAUCACCGGGAAUGCAGCCUCUGUUUCCACACGAUGGCCCCGAGGAGAAGCAAGAAGAAACCUUCUUUGGGUCUAUGGGGAAGCUGGCGGCCCACACUGGGGAGUGUUUGGUUGACAUACUCGGAAGCAUUUUCCCGGCAUUCAUCAGAAGGAAGCCGCAAGGGAAUCACAUCCCCCCAUACCACCAACUUCAUAACCAUCCAAACACACCCUGGCAAGCUCCUCCUGACAGCUAUGACAUACCUCGGCACGAGGUGCCUCCUCCCAUUGACACUAGGUCCCCGACCCCAAAGAAGGAAUAUGCCUUCGGGGUGGAGGGUGCCUACGAGAAAAUGAUCUCAUUGCGGGAGAGCUCAGAGAGGACAACCCAGGACUUGUACAAGGCGGUUCACGAGGUGGGCCCCACACUCUCUCGCCACCCUGAGUACGACAAUGUUAAUUAUAUUAACCACAGUAGCGCUCGCCCGCGACGCGGCGCGCGCUACAAUUAUGGGCAGUAGUCGUCGCGCGUGUGCGGAGACGAAUUUGUUUCUUGGAUGUAUAGCAGAACAUGUGUUGGUAUUUAGGCCUCUGCAAAUGAGCUUAUGGCUGCAAAUGAGCUUAUGGGGAGAGAUUUUUGGGAGAGGAAAAGAAAAAAAAGUGUUCGGACAAAACACAUUGUGAAUUGAAGAAAUGUUGCCUCCAUUGAAUGAUGUUCCAAAUCCCCAAGGAAUUUUUAUUAUCUAUAAAGUCAUGUUUGGAUACCAAACAAAAACAACAUUCACCU